AUGGGCGAAAUUAUCAGCGAAAGCUCGCUUGUCGAGUCCAAAAUGGACGGUUCACCUAUGAAUGCUGACGAGCUUCGUCUGGCGCAAAUGGGUCAUACUCAAGAGUUGAAGCGUCAUUUCAGUAUCCUAUCUCUGAUCGGCCUUGCAUCUACGACGACAAUUUCCUGGACGGGUCUUGGAUUGGGCAUUGUCACUGAGAUUAAUGCCGGUGGUCCAGGUGCUAUCAUCUACGGGUUUAUUCUCGUCACGAUCAUGCAAUCCUUCCUCGGUGCCUCCUUGGCUGAAUUCGUGUCGAGCUACCCAACCGAGGGUGGAAUGUACCAUUGGAUCGCCGCUGUGGCGCCCAAGAAAUACAGUGCUUUCUUGAGUUUCAUUACUGGAUGGUUGACCGUCUGUGGUUGGAUCUUCACCACUGCGUCUACGAAUCUGAUCUUUGCUGAAGUCGUCCAAGCUCUAUAUGCACUUUACCACCCUGAUAUGACCAUCAAGACCUGGGAGACUUUCGUCAUCUACCAAAUCCUGAAUGUCCUCACGGCUGCCGUGGUUCUGUUUGGAAACAAGAUCAUCCCAGCACUCAACAAGUUCUCUCUUUUCUACCUCCAGAUCGGUUGGCUGGUCGUUCUUGUCACGGUUGUUGCAUGCGCACCCUCUUACCAGAACACGACCUUCGUUUUCAAGACCUGGAUCAACAAUACUGGCUGGAGUAACAACGGUAUCUGUUUCAUCACCGGCCUUGUCAAUCCCCUGUAUAGUCUGGGCGGCCUCGACGGUGUAACCCAUAUCACCGAGGAAAUGCCAAACCCCUCUCGAAAUGCCCCUCUGGCAAUUGCCAUCACUCUAUCCAUCGCCUUCAUCACUGGCCUAACCUACUUGAUCGGCCUCAUGUUCAGCGUCCAGGAUUACGCCGCCCUAUCAACCACCAACACCGGCCUCCCACUAGCCGAACUAUUCCACCAAGCAACCCAAUCUGCCGGUGGCGCAUUCGGUCUAACUUUCAUCCUCUUCGUGGCCCUGGGACCCUGCGUCGUAUCCUCCCAACUCUCCACCUCCCGUGUCCUCUGGGCCUUCGCCCGUGACAGCGCCAUGCCAUUCUCCAACGUCUGGGGCCGCGUCAGCAAGCGCUUCGGCAUCCCCUUCAACGCCCAAUUGCUGGUCGCCGCCGCCAACGCCGUCCUAGGCUGUCUGUAUCUCGGCAGCAGCACCGCAUUCAACAGUAUGCUUGGUGCGGCCGUUACAAUUAACAACGUGGCGUAUCUCAUCCCCAUUUCUACGAAUAUGCUCACGGGCCGGUUGAACAUGCACAAGGGUACUUUCCACAUGGGCAAAUGGGGCUGGCUCGUUAAUGGUGUUACUGUUGGAUGGCUGGUCUUUGCAAUCGUCUUCUUCAGUUUCCCGUAUAGUAUGCCCCUGACUGCGCAGAAUAUGAAUUAUACCUGUGUUGUGGUGGGUGGUUUACCUAUUUUGAUUUUGAUUUGGUGGUUUGUUGGAAGCAAGCAGUAUAAGGAGAAGAUUGCUAAUGCGAAGGAGGAAUGA